CAAGAUGGCGCUCAUGACCACGCUGAUAAUGCAGCGUGAAGCCGCAGUACUGCCAUCACUCAAGAUGGCUGCCCCCAUCAAGAUGACCGGGGUGUGCCGGGGGAAAAGGGGCAGCAUGAUAAUCUGAGACGGUCUAGCAUCGGACCAUGUGGAAGUUUCUGGGACGGGGGAGUCGGAUGAUGGGGGGUGGGACCCGUGGUGGGGAGAGGGAGCAAUAGCGUCCUUUCUCAGGCUAACCCGGCCCCUCCCCUGUUCUCUGGACUGAAAUGGGGAACACACUGGGCCUGGCACCGAUGGGGGCUUUGCCCCGCCGGAGUCCCCGUCGAGAGGAACCUCUGCCCAACCCUGGGAGCUUCGAUGAGCUGCACCGGCUAUGCAAAGAUGUGUUCCCAGCACAGAUGGAGGGAGUGAAGCUCGUUGUCAACAAGGUUCUGAGCAGCCAUUUCCAGGUGGCUCACACGGUGCAUAUGAGUGCCCUGGGCUUGCCAGGCUAUCACCUCCAUGCAGCCUAUGCAGGGGACUGGCAACUUAGCCCCACCGAGGUGUUCCCCACUGUGGUGGGGGAUAUGGACAGCAGUGGCAGCCUCAACGCCCAGGUCCUGCUCCUCUUGGCAGAGCGGCUCCGAGCCAAGGCUGUCUUCCAGGUGACCCAUGGUUCCUGCCUCCAUCCUGAAGCAUUUCCUCUUUCCCCAUGAG